GUAAAAUUUGACACUCUACAACUUACAUAUUUUAAAUCUGAUACAAUGAAAUUAUAUAAAAAAAUGCGACACUCUGCAAUCUCAUUACACCAGAAAUCCGGCAUCUCGGGCUUUUCUUCCAUAUCAGCAUUAUUUUAUUUACUCUAACAACAUUAUUUAAAAAAAAUAAAAUAAAAUAAAAUAAAAACUUGAAAAUUUCAGAAAUACACCUGAAAGAAAUUUAAUAGACAUCUCUAGCAUAAAAGAUCAAAAAAAAAAAAGGAAAGAAACAAUUACUCCCUCCGUCACAUCCCAUAUUAAGUGAUUUUGUUUGACUUUGACAGACAUUAAGAAAAAAAGUAGCGAAAGAGAAUAAGUUUAGUAUUUUUCGUAUCUCUUGGCCCCUCUCCUUUCACACUGUCUCUUUCCUUUCACACGGUCUCUUUCGUAUCUCUUCCUUCAAGCCCCUCUAUCUGGCCCCUUCGAAAGCUUCACAGAUCUUGUAUGUUUAAAUUUCUUGAUGUAUACAUUUCUCUGAAUGUGUAAAUUUUUGUACGAACCACAAAGUUACGAUAAAACAGGGGUUUUUCGAUGGUUUAAAACCCUUCCUUUAGCACCAGAGUUUCAUCCAACCCUUAAAGAGUUUAAAGAUCCAAUCGGCUUGCCGAUUAGAGUGGGGGAGAAAGAAUGUUCUUUCUACAUGAGAACUGGUUCAUGCAAGUAUAGGGAAAGCUACAGGUUUCGUCAUCCGGAUCCUACAGCAGCGGGAGGAGGUGACACUACUUUACCAGGUAGGCGUCGUUCUUCAGCAAGAACAAUAAAUGAUACUGCAACACCAUUGAGGUCAAUUAUCUAUGGGCCAACCUCAUUCAUGCCGAACAUGAACGGCUAUGAACUGCAAAAUCAUAUAAAUGAGGAAUUUCGCUUACCAGUCAUAUUGAUGUAUGCUGACAGUACAGCGGAACUGAAAGAAAUUCAGAAUGGGGCAGUUUAUGUCAUGCUAAAGCCUAUAUCAAUUGAUGAAAUCAAAUAUAUAUGGCAGCUUUCUAUAUGGUGGCAAAAGAAAAUUAAUGGCACUGCUCCAUCAAUCAGAGAAAUUAAUAAUCAUUCCGAAGAAAAUGUUAAUACAUUAUCUUCGAAUGGUAUUUACAGUGGAGCCUAAAGACUUUAAGUUAAUAUAUAUUUAAAUAACCGUGAUCCCUGGGAGCCACCAUUGUGGAUGAACUUAAAGGAAGACUCACCCCGACUCCUCCCGCAAGAUUAAACAUUCUUGGUGAACCACAUUUGUUGAUGACGGUGAUGAUGUAAUAACAUCAUAUAAGCUAGAUAUCGAUUGAGCGGGAACAGUUCCUGUACCAGUGGCCGCAAUGAUUGAUGGCUCAAUGUGGCAGAAGAGCCACUCAAUGGUCUCCCCAUGGGUAAAUGACUUAGGGCCAGAUUGUCUGCUCGCACUUCAGCCGUUAUGGAACUUGUAAGUUUGGGUCGUCCUGUAAGUACGAUCAUUCAGUUGGUGGCACUGCACCUUCUCAGAUGAUCACGGAAGAUUCACAUGAAGGCUGAAUGAGUCCCUUCCUUCUGAUACAUCCAUUUGAACAGACUAUGUGCACCUUUAUCACCUUCUAACCCAUUCAUAUCUGUCGAACUUACCUUCACAGCAUUUACUUGUGGGAGCAGAACUGAAUGCGAUUGAUCUUCAUGUUCCAAGAUUACAUUGUCAGAAGAAGCAUCACGUGUCUGAUCCUGAUCCUGAUUAAUUGGUGAUAAGACUUCGCCAAAGUCAUCGUCAAUACUGCCCUUGUAUUUUAUUCCUCAAUACAUAGUGAUUAAUUACAAAUACUUGAAAACUUUUUGUACUCGAAGACUUUUGAAGGAUGGUGUGAUGUUUUCCACGUAUCAAGACUAUGGUUGCAGAAUGAUCGGAUGGUUUGUGAUAAUAGUAUAAAGUGACAUAAAUGUAAUUGCCAAAAACAUACUUAACAAACCAAUUCUCUAACUUGUAUGUCUAAUUUAAGGUUAACUUCAAGAUUAAAACUUUGUGCAUUUUAUGUGGGGAAGAACUUAUAAACUUCUUCCAGGUCAUAGCAUUUUCUUAUAUAGAUAUAGAAUACCAAAUUUUAAUCACUGUAUAAACUGUUACAUAUUUGUCUUCUUCAAUUUAGAAGGGUUUUAGCGUGAAUAACUGCAGUGAGUUAUGCUACUCUUGGUAAGAAGACUACGGUCAUGUCUCCGGAAGUAAUUGUUAAUGCUGGCAUUCCAUGUUACAGGUAACUCUUCUAUGUCUAUGCUCCAUGUUUUUAAUACUCUUCAAUCUUGAACCUGUAUGGAAUUGUAGCUGGAUGAGACUUAUCUUUCAUCAGUUCUACUGAAAAGCUAAUUUGCAGUUAUCUUUUUCUGCUGAAUGUUUACAAGAGGCCUGAUUCUUUCAUCUUCCCAGUUUCCCAUGUCCACCUUGAUCAUUAGGACUUUUUCACAGAACAUCAAUUAUAAAAAUGUGACUGUAUAGUUUUCUGGCAAUGUAUUUAUGUGAAUUUAAUCCUUUGUCAAACCAGGUUGGUCCAAAAUCCGGGAGAAUUUGUCUUCACCUUUCCAAGGGCUUACCACUCAGGAUUCAGUCAUGGAUUCACUUGUUUGGAAGUUUCAAAUAUCGCAACUCCUGAAUGGUUGCAGUUCGCAGGAGAAGAUGAAAUUCGCCGGGCAGCAGUAAACUAUCCUCCAUUAGUUUCCCACAUCCAAUUGCUCUAUGAUCUUGCACCAUCAUUCUCUUCAGUGUGGUUCACUCUACAUGAAUUACAAAAUGUCGAAAAGUAUCAUAAUGAAAAGUCAUAUGCGAUAUGCAGAGAUGGAGACACAGAGAGGGACCGAGCCGAUUGAGAGAAGGGAGGGAGGAGAAAAGAAAUAACUGGGAGCAAGAACAUACAUACACUGUAUUCAUGGUACCAGUGAGCAUUGGACGAAGAAGUGAAGGGGAUUGCCCGGUAAAGAGGCUUUUUCUGCAACAUGUGACGCAUAAUACCAACCUGCUGCAUACUCUUGGGAAAAGAUCUCCCACUAUACUUCGUCCCUGUGAUUUUAUCAGGAGAAAUUUUCCUGAAUUGCAUAAUGGUGCUAAUAUUCCCUUAUUAGCAAAAAAUUAAUUCUUCGUGCACUGCGACUUCUCAGAACCAUAACUUUUACACUCAAGAAAAAUGGACUUUUUUCAUGCUUAGCUUGUGGGGUUUUAUGUUUUUCUUGGGCUGCAAUCACAGAACCUACUGAAGUGGGAAAGCAUAAUCUCGUCAGCUGAUUGUGGCAAUAUAAGAGGUAGUGGUGUUGUUUCGGUCGUUGCUGCUAGUAAUUGGUGGUCUCGUUCCCCAGGAUAUGCUAACAAUGUUGUGCUGGAUUCCGGCUUAGGGCGGAUGGAAGAAUACAUCUUCACUUGCUCUUAUAGCUUUGACCUAUGAGGAUGCUUCCGACUCUGAAAGUGAACUGAGAGAAGUUUCUGGAUGAAACAAAAGUAAUGGCUGAUGAACUGGUACCCCACUAAAGAAGACAAGGAGAGAAUCAAAUCAGCUUUAGAUAGUGAAGGGUCCAUCCAUGGGAAUGUUGACUGCAGGGCUAAAAAGCUGGGGGCCGAUCUUUCUUACAGUACCCUACCUAAGUCCAACAUUAAAGAGGAAGGCUAUGGAUGAUUUUGAGCCGACCAAAAGAAGCAAAGAUAAACGUAUUAUACAAUAAAAGAGGACUUUCAAAAAUAAGCUCAAGGUAAAGACAAUCCAGGAUGAGACUCCUCUGCCUGAACACAAACAUGACUAGGGCACUAAAAAGCUAGAUGUCAAUAUUGAAUAUAAGUUGGAAGGUGGCCCGAGCACUAGAGUCCAGCCAAGAACUGAAAAGCAGGCUCCAAAGGACCCCUGGACUUGUCGGGGAGAAACCUGAAGCAAAAAGUGCAUUGAUGAAGCAAACAUCCAGUAUAGAAGAACAAAAACAGCUUCUGGGAUCCAGGCUUCAGCUGGAAAAAGGUCCAGAAAAUCAGAGGUAGAGCAUUCUUGUGACAUUGAGGGCUGCCUGAUGAAAUUUGGCUCCAAAAAAUAGUUGGGGCUCCAUAAGAAAAAUAUUUGCUCAGUGAAGGGGUGCGGAAAGAAGUUGGCGUCACACAAGUAUCUGAUGGUGCACAAUCAGGAAGUGCAUCGUGAGGACCGUCCCCUACAAUGCACUUGGGAAGGCUACACCUGGACAUUUAAAUGGGCUUGGGCUGGGACAGAACAUAUCGAGUUCAUACAGGUGUCCGUCCAUAUACCUGUGGUGAGACUGGCUGGAAAAACAUUUCAUUUUGUCAGAUUUCAGUCGCCAUAAGAGGAAGACCGGACACUCAGGGUAGCUCGAAGAAUGAGCACCGAAAGGCAUGAAGAAACAGAGAAACGAAGCGAGUUAACAUUAUCUAAGAACCUCGAUGCUCAUGUGCAGAGGUUGGUGUAGUUUCUAGUUUAACAUGUCCUUGGAAUGUCUUUGAUAUUAUAGUUGAUUUAGCCUUAUUAAUUUCGGAAACAGACUUAUCAGCCACAUUGAAAUGUGCACAAUGUUGUCUUACAUUAGAUGGUCGAAAUUUACGUAUAACUCUGGAGUACUGUAGUUCUCAUAUCUUGAUAUAUCAAAAAUAUGUAUUUAACUUUA